AUGGCUGCGGCUCGCGCUGAGGUCAGGGCAGGCGGAGACGGCGCAGGUCUUGAGCCACCUGUUGCUGCGGGCGUGGCGGACCAACCGGUUGAACCACCGGUCGCGUUCCAACCGCCGGUGGUGGGUGAUAUCGCGGACGUCGCGCCCGCGCCGCCCUCGCCCGAGGGUGCUGUGAACGCUGUCGAGGUGGCAGCGACCGAUGCGCCAGACGGCGUAGCGGCGCGCCGGCCCGCGGCCGAUGCGCCCGACGCGGAGGAGCUGGAAUCGGAGGCUGAGCUCGCCGAGCGUCGGCGACGCAAUCGUGAGGGCAUGGCUGCGGCUCGCGCUGAGGUCAGGGCAGGCGGAGACGGCGCAGGUCUUGAGCCACCUGUUGCUGCGGGCGUGGCGGACCAACCGGUUGAACCACCGGUCGCGUUCCAACCGCCGGUGGUGGGUGAUAUCGCGGACGUCGCGCCCGCGCCGCCGUCGCCCGAGGGUGCUGUGAACGCUGUCGAGGUGGCAGCGACCGAUGCGCCAGACGGCGUAGCGGCGCGCCGGCCCGCGGCCGAUGCGCCCGACGCGCAUGCAAUGGGCGGCGCUGUAGGAGAGGCGGCGCGGCACCCGCCUGAUAGUGCUGUAGACGCUGUCGAGGCCGCAGUGGCCGAUGCGCCAGACAACGCAGCGGCGCGUCGGCCCGCGGCUGAUGCGCCCAACGGGGAGGCAGUGGGCGGCGCUGUAGGAGAGGCGGCGCCCCACCCGCCCGACCCGCCCGACGGUGCUCACCUGCUGGCUCGCAAUUAUGUCCCCGCCGAGUUCGAGCCGCCGGCUGGCAUGCAGCUGGGCCGAAUGGACACUGUCUGUGCCCAUUGCGGAGCGCUGCGCUGGCGUGCCGAGCCCGUAGGCGCCUGUUGCCAUCAGGGUAAGGUGCAGCUUGACUUCCAUCCCCCGCCGCCGGACGAGUUGGUGGAACUCAUGACCCCUGGCACGCCAUACUAUCGAGAAUUUCGCGAGAAAAUCCGCGCUUACAACACGGCCUUUCAGCUGGCCAGUAUGGGAUGUAACGUUGUGCGACACGACGGAGCUUACCACGCGGCCUUCACCGUUCAGGGUAACGUUUGCCACCGCAUGGGAGCUCUUCUGCCCGUUCGCGAAGGCGACGAGCAAUUCAUGCAGAUAUAUUUCCUGGACGCCGACGAGGCCACCGAGCGACGUGCCAACAUGUGUGGCGGUCUGGACAGAGUCGUUCUUAACAUCCUGAUGGGCAUGCUGCACGAGCACAACAACUACGUGCGUGCGCUCCAGCCGGCUUUGAUGAUGGCGCGCGGUGUGCCGAACUGUCGGAUCGUUCUGUCGGCCGAACACCGGCCGCGGUCGGAGCACGAGCGUCGGUUCAAUCUUCCGAUAGGUCGCGAGGUGGCAGUCCUAAUGCCCGAUGAGAUGGGGGGUCGACGCGACAUCGUCGUACGCGAGCGCGGCGGACGGCUGUCCCGUAUCAGCGAGCUGAGUCGCCAGUACGAUCCGCUACUCUAUGUGCUGCUGCACCCGCGUGGCACUGACGGGUGGUCACUCCAGUUGAAGACCGAGCGUGGGGUCACAAUGCGUCAGUACGCGGCGUUCCACAUGCGCUACCGACCAGGCCACUUUAAUCUCAUUCCAAGAGGCGGCCGACUGUACCAACAGUACCUGGUAGACACCCUGCUCAAGGUCGAAGCCGACCGUCUGUCCUAUGUGCGCACCCACCAGGAUGGCCUGAAUGGCUUCCGUGCUGAGACAAUCCGUGGUGUGCGUGACGCGCUCGCUGACGGCGAGGAGCACGCGCGAGCCGUCGGUCGACGUGUGGUGCUGCCGGCAUCCGUGACCGGUAGCCCUCGCUACAUGAUGGCCAAGUUGCAGGACGCGCUCUGCUACGUUCGAGAAUUCGGCGCGGCCGACUUCUUCAUCACCGUGACGUGCAACCCGGCCUGGCCAGAGAUUGAGGGAACUCUGCGCACCCUCUACCCGGGGGAGAGGCCGGGUGACCACGAUCGGCCGUGCGACCACCCUGACAUUGUAAGUCAGGUGUUUGGCCUGAAGCUGCAGGCGCUGCUGAAGCAGCUGCGAGGCGGCAUCCUGGGUCGGCAGCGGGCCAUUCUGCACACGAUUGAGUGGCAGAAGCGUGGCCUGCCGCACGCUCACAUCCUGCUGUGGGUCGUGCCCGCCGACAAGCCUCGCGCAGAAGACGUGGACGCGUGCGUGUGCGCUGAGCUGCCCGAUCCGGAGACUGAUCCAGAGCUUCACGCGAUCGUCUGCGCCAAGAUGGUGCACGGUCCGUGCGGUGCGCUGAACCCGCAAUCUGUCUGCAUGAAGGACGGCCGAUGCAGCGUCGGAUAUCCGCGGCCGUACCUGGAGGCCACAGAGCUGCCAGAGCGCAGCUAUCCGAAGUACAGGCGGCGCGCGCCGGAAGACGGCGGUCGACGUGCGCAGACGCCCGGCCGGCGCGGUGUUGAGAUCGAUAACCGCUGGAUCGUCCCCUACAAUCCUCACAUCCUUCGCGCGCUGGACUCCCAUGUCAACGUCGAGGUAAUCACGCACGCGAUGGGGGCGAUCCGCUAUUGCAUCAAGUAUGUCACCAAGGGCUCUGAUAGGAUCAUGUUUGCGGUUCAGCCAGACGGAGUGAUCGACGAGGUGGCCCAGUACAGGGACAGUCGGUACCUUGGGUCCAUGGAGGCAUCGUGGCGGCUGGCCGAGCGGCCGAUCCAUGUCCAUUAUCCGCCAGUCCAGCGGCUGCAGCUUCAUCUGGCUGACGAUGAGAGGCGCGUCGUGUUCCGUGGCGACGCAAAUCUGGAAGCCGUCCUGGCGGGCGAGCAGGCCAAUCCCUCCAUGCUGACAUCCUUCUUCGAUUUGUGCCAGCAUGACGAGUUCGCGGCGACGCUCCUCUACACAGAGGUGCCGCGGUACUAUACGUGGCAGGCACGACGCGGCCGGGGCGCAGAUGCCCGUCCGGCCCACUGGAGACGGCGCCUCCAAGGCCAGCCUCAUCCCGAGGUGCCGGGCGUGUUCGCCGCUGCCACGCUGUCGCGCGUGUUCACCACGACGCCGCGCGCGGGGGAAGUUUUCUUUCUUCGCCUGCUCCUCCUCAACGUCCGAGGUCCGCGCUCUUACGAGCACCUCCGCACGGUCGAUGGCCGCGUGUGUGCCACCAUGCGUGAGGCGUGCUCCGCACUGGGGCUGCUCGAGGAUGGAGCGCACUGGACGCGCGCUAUGGAGGAGGCGACCGUGACGCGUUUUCCAGGUGGUUUGCGCUUCCUCUUCGCUCUGAUUCUGAUCGAGGGAGAGGCUACGUGCGAUCCCAUGGCGCUGUGGAUGAGGUUCCGGGACGCCAUGUCGGAGGACAUCGCUCGCCGUCAGCACACCGCUCGCGCAGCUGGCAGACGCGGUCUCACCGAGGACGAAGUGCGCGAGCAGGCGCUGCGCAGGAUCGCUGGCAUUCUGCGCCGGCUGCACGGCAAAUCCCUGGCCGAGUACGGGCUGCCAGUUCCACCGGUGCUGGACCCCGCCGCCGCCGCCGAUAGCGACGACGACGAGCCGCCCGGCGGCCCCGAGUUUGACCCGGUCGCUCUGGCCGAGCGCGUUGAACGCGACGAGCCGCGUCUGACUGAUGACCAGCGCGCCGUCUAUGACGAGGUGAUGCGACGGCUGGACAACGACGAGUCGGGUGUCAUCUUCCUGCAGGCUCCAGGCGGCUGCGGGAAGACGUUCUUGGAGAACCUGCUGCUGGCCAAGGUCCGCAGUCAGGGGCGCGUGGCAGUUGCAGUGGCCACAUCCGGCAUCGCAGCCAGUUUGUUGGAGGGCGGCACGACUGCCCAUCAUCGGUUCAAGAUCCCUCUGCAGCUGCAUCCUGACAACGAGAACGUCUGCGGCAUUGAUCGCCGCUCUCCCGAGGCCGACUACCUUCGCCGCUGUCGCCUCAUUGUGUGGGACGAAGCGGCCAUGACGAACCGGCGCGCCACUGAGGCGGUCGACCGGGCUCUCCAAGACGUCCGCGACAGGCAAGAGCUGUUUGGCGGCGUUCUGACGCUGCUCUCUGGCGACUGGAGACAGAUUCUGCCAGUGGUGAAGCGCGGCGGGCGCGCAGAGGUUGUUGACGCCUGCCUCAAGUCAUCGCCCAUGUGGCCUCGGAUCGACACCAUGGAGCUCGCGACCAACAUGCGGGCGCUGAACGGCGAUGAUCAGGCCGGUGAGUUCGCCAACUUCCUGCUGCGCGUCGGCGACGGCCGGCUGCCCGUCGUGGCACAGCCGGACACGGUGCAGGUGCCCGAGUUGGUGGUCAGUCCCGCGCGCAGUCUCGCCGCGCUGGUCGAUCGCAUCUUCCCUGACAUGGCCGAGCGACACCGUGAUGAGGAGUGGCUGCAUGAGCGCGCCAUCCUCUCGCCGCUAAAUGCGACCGUUGACAGGGCGAACGAGGCCGCGCUGGCCCUUCUUCCCGGCGAAACAGUCAACUACGCUAGCGUCGACACCAUCAGUGACGACGACAACGAGGAUCACGGGCCUCCGGUGCCCACCGAGGUGCUCAAUGCCAUCGACGUGUCGGGCAUGCCGUCGCAUCGACUUCAGGUCAAGGUCGGCGCCCCGGUCGUGUUGAUGCGCAACCUCGAUGCUCCACGCGUCGUGAACGGCACGCUGUGCACGGUGCUGCGCGCCGCGCCUAACGUGCUCGAGCUGCGAAUCGCCAGUGGAGUCGCGCGCGGCGAGACGCUGUUUUUGCCGCGCCUCCCUCUGGUGGUGAGCGCUGUCGAUUCCGGCAUCGGCCGACCAUUCCGCCGCUGUCAGUUCCCCGUCAAGCUGUCAUUCGCCAUGACCAUCAAUCGCUGCCAAGGGCAGACUAAGCGACGCGUGGGCAUCUAUCUGCCAUCCCCGGCCUUCACUCAUGGCCAGUUCUACGUGGCUCUCUCGCGCGUAGGCAGCUUUGAUUCAGUCGAGGUGCUUUCCACGCACAACCAUCGCACGCGGAAUGUCGUAUACAGAGAGGUUCUUUGA